UUGAUAAAAUUUCAUUAACCAAUUUAUACAAUUUCCUUGCCGAAAUAGAUUCUGGUUUGGUCAAAAUACUAUUACUUACAUUCCCCAACAUUGGUAUAAAACAGUUUAUCAGGAAAAAUUGGCGUCUUCUGGUUAAAAAUAUUUAUAUGAAGCAAUAAAAUGUAUAACAAAUAUUUAUAUUUGUAAACAAAUCAUUUACAAGUGGGAUUUGUUAAUAAUAAUGGCAGCGUCGAAUACGGUCGACCGUCGACGGAAUGCUUGUGACUCGAAAUCCUCACGCCUUGCUUGUCAGUCCGGCGUGGCCACGCCAACGAGACAGACGCACACGGCACGCCGUUGAAUUAUGUCCGAUAUCGUUGUAACUCGCUAAAUUACUAUAAACAAUGGAUCAAAGAACACAAAAAUCAAUCUUGCAAAUCGGCGGCCAAAAGACGUUGCAGUUGAUCGACCUAUACGAAAAAGAGGAAUGCCUCUGGAACACUACUCUAGUAGAAAACAGAAUGCAAACGAAAAGAAAAGAAGCGAGUGAGAGAAUAGCCAAAGCUCUCGAUAUAAAAAACUUUACCUAUCGUCAUGUUAUUAAGAAGUUUAAAAACAUGCGGGUCGUCUACAACCAGGAGUUGAGGAAGAUAGCGAAAAGCAUCAACAGUGGAGAAGAUCCUAUUUACCGUCCGAAAGUUUUCUGGUUUUCUAAAAUGGAUGGAUUUUUGCGUCCCUACGUGCAAGCGACUACGGCCUUUGCAAUGUUUUUGAUGUUCCAAAUAAAAAAAUUUUUCUUUCUUUCUUUCAUCGUUCAGCAAUUCGACACUGAGGCUUCAUCAGUACGACAGGAGGAAAAUAAAUCUCCCCAGAAAAUAAAAGAAGAAGAUGAGAACAGUUUUAGUUUCGAAGAACACGAUGUGGAGUAUGAACUUCGAAAGAAGCGUUCCAAGAACGAAUCACCAAUAUAUACUCGUAGGGAGUCAGUACUUGAUGAUAACAUUGAUUCUUAUAGCUCUAACCAUUUGGAAGUCUCGCAGCCCUUGGGAUUGGCGCUUAAUGAGGACGAUCCCUUUGACAAUCAUGACAGCAGACCAGAUGUGUCAAAUAACUCAAAAUAUCUUGAGGAAAUUGUCAAAUGUUUGUCAAAUUUGACAAAAAACAACACGCAGCCUGAUGAUUGCUUUGACAGUUUCGGGAGGUAUGUAGCGGCCAUGUUGAGAAGUAUGUCAAAACGGCGGGCUUUGGAAGUGCAGCCAGAAAUAGUUAAGUUACUGGUUUCCGGUAACAUGAACAGCGGUGAGGGUUAAGUCAAUUAGGCAGACCAGUCAGACAGUUAGUGAAAUAAGGCUGUGACUAAUUUCUUUCCGUUUGUAAUAUUAAAUUUAAUUUAUUUGUA